CCUCCAGCAGGGGGCAACGGAGGACGGUCUGGGGAAGCGGUGAUGUCAGAUGUCAUUAGCAUAUUUCUGAGUAUAUCUAACGCUUGCGCAAAGACGCGCCACUACUGCUGCAACAGCGCGCCGAGCACAACCUUUCCAGACAUCAGCCGACACAUCGACUAACUGCAACAAUGAGCGACAAGCCCGACCUUGCAGAGGUGGAGAAGUUCGACAAGUCCAAGCUGAAGAAGACAGAGACGCAGGAGAAGAAUCCCCUGCCUACAAAAGAAACCAUCGAACAGGAGAAGCAAGCGACGUCGUGAAGCCCCCACCUCCCGUCAUGCACUGUACACCCCUCACCCCUCCUCCUGCAUUGCCUUGUUUUCAGUCACUUCUUUUUAGCUGUAUAACUCUGUAACCGAAAUUAUGAAACGAUAACCAAGCUGCACAGCCUGUGGAUGGAUGAUGCCUUCGCCAGAGCGCCCACCCCGACCCCCAACCCCUUCCCCCACCCCUUUACUACUGUCACCUUUAACCACCGUCAUGCUCGUCCUUCCGUCAGGGAAGAGAUGAGGAAGAUUUCUCCGAGGCAGAGAGGGAGGGGAGGGGACUGCGGAAGAUGGUCCGUGAAUGUGCACGUCUCUCGUUUUAACACCGCCUUGACCACCAAGAUCGACAUGCAGCAGCAAGAGGGCGAGAGCGAGAGGCCUGAGGGAUGGGGCGUGGCCUGCCUCCCAGGAAGCUCAUCACCGUCUCACCAAAACCUACCAACCACCACCCAACUUUCUGUGUGGCUGCUUUUGCACCAAAGCCGAGGCGUCAAGCUUUUUUUGGUUUUGUUUUUAUUGUUUUUCUAAUUUUCGGAAAUGCACAACUUCGUCUGUACGCUGGCCAAAAUGUAACCCCCCCCACAACCUGGAAAAAGAAACUGAUACUGUUGUUUCAGUGUUUUCUUUUUUUUUUCUUUUGUAUGUACACAAGGAUUUAAAAAAGUGUAACGGAUGCCAUCUAGAUUCUGGGAGAUGCGGUGAAAAUGUAACGUGCUUUGGCCCUUUUUUGUUUGUUUUGUAGAGUGAUUCAGGAUGGCUUUUGUGUUGUCUCUGAAUUGUUUCAAAUGAGAGAAAAGGAAAAAAAUGAUUCUGCCAAUCGAUUCCAUGUGUUUGCUUUGAACCGUAGAGCGAAAUUCUUUUGGAGUUUUGUAUAUUCCCAGCAGUCAUGUUACUCUGCCACAAACCAUUACCAGAAAUGGAAAGAAAAAAAGCAGUGAAAUGUUGUAAUAAAAAAGAAUUUGUUACUAAA